AUGUGACAUGUUUUGAUGGAUAAAGCACCUCUCUCAAAGGGCCUCUUGAUAAUCUCAAGCACCCUUUCUCUUCUGUUGGCUCUACUUUUUCAACAUCAUCAGAAAUUCUUCACAUAUAAUCUUCAAGCAGUAAAAGAGGAAUUUCAGGUUUGGAGACUUGUAAGUGGGCGAAUGGUAUGCCUUGACCUCAAAGACACAUUCUGCAGCAGCUUACUCAUCUAUAACUUUAGGAUAUUUGAAAGGAGAUACGGCAGCAGGAAAUUUUCUUCAUUUUUGCUGGGCUCCUGGAUGCUGUCAGUGCUGUUUGAUCUUCUUUUGGUAGAAGCUGUUGAAUAUUCUUUUGGCCUCACCAUACAUAGUUUGCCUUCAGGAUUCUUGGGCCCUGUAUUUUCUCUUUUUGUACCAUUUUAUUGCUCCAUUCCAAGAGUGCAAGUGACACAAAUUCUAGGCCAGUUUUCCAUCACAAACAAGACACUGGUCUAUAUAUUGGGUUUGCAGCUUUUAACUUCUGGGUCAUACAUCUGGAUUGUAGCUUUAAGUGGGGUGAUUUCUGGGAUGUGCUACAGCAACAGUGUGUUAAAAGUGUAUCAUGUACUUUGUGUACCCAGUAGUAUAGCAAAAAUAUUUGCUUGGACUCUUGAACCAAUUUUUUCAUCUACGGAGCCAUCCAGUGAGAUCAGAGUUGGAAUGGGAGCAACCGUAGACAUACAGAGGCAACAAAGAAUGGAGCUACUGGAUCGGCAGAUCCUAAUGUCACAGUUUGCUCAAAUGAGGAGGCAAAGGCAGCAACAGGGUGGAAUGAUUAACUGGAAUCGUCUCUUUCCUCCUUUACGUCAUCGACGUAAUGCAAACUAUCAAUAUAAUCAUCAGACAGAACAGGAGGUACUUCCUCCAGCUGAAGUUUCUGAAGAACAGGUUGCACGGCUCAUGGAAAUGGGAUUUUCCAGAGUAGACGCUUUGGAAGCUUUGAGGGCUUCAAAUAAUGACCUUAAUGUAGCCACGAACUUCCUGCUCCAGCACUGAACAGUAUCUGCAAUGAAAAACAUGAAUUGAUACAUUUGGUGUGCUGCCCAAAGGAGUAUCUUAACCACUUGCUGGUUAAAUUCCAGACUUCCAGAAGAGGAAGCUCUCUCUUCACAAGUUGACAUAUCAGAGCAGAAAUGAUGGGUGACACUGGAAGAUGUCUGGUUUUUGGUUGGGGGAACUGACUAGCCAGGUUGCACUUGAAAAUUAUUUUCAGUUCACAAAGAUAUGCUACAGCUUCAAUAUUUAUUUUGAAAUAUGGGUGCAUGUGUUUGUUUUUCAAAAACCCACAUAAAAUGUAAAUCUGUUCCUAAUAAGUGAGAAACAGGAUAAAAUAUGAACAUUUGUAAAAAGAACUCCUCCUCCCAAAAGAACUGAUUUUGUCCUCUGGUAUCACUUUCCUUUUUAUGAUCUAAAAUAUUCUAAAACUAAAUUUUAUUUACCUCUAUUGUCAGAGCUUUAAGAAACUUGCAGAAUUCCUUGGCUAUGUAAUCUCAAUAAAGGGAGAGGGUUGUGGGGCAUUCAGAGGUUGCUGGUAAUGUCUUAUGAAAAAGGGAGAAACAAAAUGAUGUGCGCAUGAAAAUAACGAUGCAGAAGGAGAGCAAAGACAAGGACAGAUGCAGUAAGAUUUGUAGUUAUUUUUUUAAAAAAAUGUGGAAUUCUGUAUGUAUAAGAUUUGAAAGAUAAAUGGCUAUUGAAAGAAAUAUAUAAGGUGGAAGAUCUGAAAGGCUGAGAGCUAUUGUAUUAGAUUCUAAAAUUCAGGUGUAUGUGUGUUCUUGAUGUGAUUUUCAAAAAAGAAAUAAAAAGUGCUCUCAGAACUAAAACCCAUGUCUUCUAGCUGGAAGGUAUGCAUCCUAAUCCUUCAUACAGUAGUUCCCAUCCUUGAGUAACCCGUGUGUUCUUGGGCUGCAACUCCCAGAACCCCCAGCCAGCACAGGUGGUGGUGAAGGCUUCUGGGAAUUGCUGUCCAAGAACACCUGGGCUACCCAAGGUUGGAAACCACUGCCCUAAUAGAUAAGAGUACUUGAGAUUUUAAGUGUCACGUGUAGAAGAAAAAUCUGCAUGUAAAAUAUCUAUGUUAUAUUGAUACUGAAUGCCAGAAAAAAAAUUAGAUUUAAAAUUCUGAAUUUUAGCCACUUGUUUAUAACCUUUAGAGGCUAGCCUUUUAAUGCACAUUGUAUCCACUAAUUGGAAAACAUUCUUCCCAAGGAUAAACUGUUUUUGUCCCAGUCACAGCUUAAACCAGUAUAAGAGAAUGAAAAUGGUUCCCACAGAAUGAAAACAAUUAACAGUAAAGAACAUCUAUAUAUCUACUUCUCAGAUAACCUUUGUGCUAUGCAUAGUGCAUGUUUUUCAAAUACUGUGGUUUAUAGACUCUGUGUAAUGUUCAGAUUUUAUCUUGGUGAUCUUUCAAAUUCAGUACCUAAGACGUAUAGUCUCAUGUGGGUAUGGCAUAUCUAAUUUCAAGAUCACACUUUAGGGCGUGCUUUUCAGUAAGAAAGCAACAUCUGUAAGAACUGGUAAGAAAAAAAGGAGGUUUUUAAAAGCACUCUGAACCAA